GGGAUGACUACAAAGAUUCACUUUAUGGACUCUCCCAAGCCACAAAUUUUAUUGACCAAACUAUUCUCCAUAAAUCCUUCGGAUUUAGAAAGUAAUCCUUCUGGGAGAAGAGGUUCUUUUUCGUCUACGAGUAGUGAUACUUCAUUGUCUUCUUCUGCUCAAGGCAGUGCGAUGACCACAAAUGGUUCACGAAAUGCUUCAAAGGAGUCUAACUCUAUUUUUUUUGAUGAUUUCUCCGAAUUUGGAGAUGAUGACUCCUUUCGUGCCGUUCCUUCUUAUGCUUCUCUCCCAUCCUCAUUUCGUAUUGAUCCUUCGAUACAUGGCUUACGCGUUUCCGGUGCUUCUGUUAUUUCUGCUCCCUCUCCUUCUACUUCUCCAAGAAUUGCUUUUGCUAAUAGAAGAUUACGAAGAUUUAGUUAUACUAGUAUGGAAAAUGGUAUAUUUAAUCCAACGCCUUUACCAGGCAGUAUUACUCCACG